GGGUUUAAUUGAGGGAAGUUUCGGUUCAGGGGCUUAAUUGAUUUUUUUUAAUAGUUGGGGGGCUUAUUUGAUAGUUUUCUCUUAUUUAUAUAUAUUCGGCUUAAUUGAAACGCCAGAAGCUCAUCAUCCUCUUCUCCUACGCUUCGCUUUUAGAAGGCAAGAGUUUCUGCGAGAGAUGGGGGAGGAAUCUGAGUACCGCUGUUUCAUAGGUAACUUGUCAUGGACAAUAUCUGACAGAGAUCUAAAAGAUGAGUUCAGGAAGUUUGGAACUGUUGUUGAGGCAAAGGUUGUCGUUAACAAGAUGGACGGUCGUUCUAAGGGUUUUGGAUUUGUUGCAUUUGAUGAGAAAAAAGCAAUGGAGGAGGCUAUUGAAAAAAUGAAUGGAAUUGAUUUAGAUGGUCGUGCAAUUACUGUUGACAGAGCACAGCCUCAGGGAAGAGGAGGCUAUGAUAAUGAUCGCCCACGUGACCGUGACCGUGGCAGUCGUGAUUAUGGAGGUGACAGGGGAUCGGGUGGGGGAGAUUGCUUCAAGUGUGGCAAACCAGGGCACUUUGCCAGGGAAUGCCCCUCAGGGGGAGGAGGCGGUAGAGGUGGAAGGUAUGGUGGGAGAGAUGACAGGUACGGUGGUGGAAGCAGUGGUAGAAGCAGUGGCAGCCAUGGACCUGACCGCAAUGGAGAUAGGUAUGGCGGCGGCCGCAGCCGGGAUGGUGGAGGAGACCGAUAUAGCCGUGACCGUAGUGGGCCAUAUGAUCGUCGCAGUGGAGGUUCUAGAGCUGAUUAGGUUAGGAGUUGGAAGAGGUGCUGCCGCAAGUGGAUGAAACUGUGACUGCUUGGGAAAAUGACAGUAUUGUUGAUCAUCAAAACUUUUCGACUUGUGAAACAUGAGACUAAUAAUCUACACUUCUCUUGUCCGUAAAUUGUUGGAUAGUAUGGUUCUCUUGGGAUCUUAUGCUUUGCUUACUUUGUACGUUUGAAUGUGGUCUUGGUCUUUGAAUGCUCUAU